UUUGACAAAACGUGGAUUGGCCAAUCUAAAACAGCCCAGCAGGCCCACAAGUUUCUGACUAUACCUCUUCAGCCAGCCCUGGUUUCUUAUUGAAUCGAGAGAGAGAGAGAGAGAGAGAGAGAGAGGAAUCGGAACUCCAGGAUCGAGAAUCUAUGGAAUGAGUUCUUUUGGUUGUGGGGAGUUGCUCUAAAUCUUCGAGUCAGCGAAACUGUCAGGAAAUCCUUGAUACCUACAAGAAUUAACAACGGUCUAAGAAAACCCAUUGCCAACAUCAGGGAGGAAAAAAACGAACAAAGUAAAAGAGCUGGAAUCUUAAUUGGAAAAGUGCUUCCUUCUUGUGGAUUUAAUUUCUUAGGUGCUGAAGCUUGGAAGGUUCUUAUUUCGGAGAUAUGUGCACGAGAAACUAGUGAAUGUGAUGUUAUGCCUUCUGUAAAGGAUUCUGGAGAAUCAUAUGGAGAACAGGAUAAAUCGACCUCCCUCCGGAAAUUUUGAUGUUGAUUUUUUCAGUGGAUCAUCAAGGAAAAGGAAAUCAACAGCCCUAAAUCAACCGGGUGCCAUUUCUGACUCAAAUUUGCAAUACUACACUCAGCAGGAGUCAAACCUGCAAAAUAGUAAUUUUCAUUCAGGUGCACAUGUAGAAGACAAAACUCGUGGUUUGUGUUUUAACCAAGCCAAGUCAAUUGAACUAACAUCUUGGGGGCAUCAAUUUGAAAAAGAUCAAUUAGAUCAAUUUCCUACUCAGACUGUCCUUCCGGGUUCUCAUCUGAGUCUCCAUGGAAAUAGAACCGUGAAUGUAUUCAACACUUCUUCUCAAGUGUGUCCUCAGCCUCUAGAUUACAAAGGAUCAUUUGACUUGCUCAAUAUGCAAGCGUCUGUUGGCAUUUCUUGGCCAACCCAAGUGGUCCCGAGUGAAGCUUAUCAAUCUUUGCCCUUUUUGAAAUCUGAUGGUGCACAUACAAGAAGAAAUCAGGCAGCUUCUAGUUUUGAGGAGAUAGACAAUAAGUGUGGUGUUUCUUUCGAAUUCAGACAAUGCAGUGGCUUUUCAAAUAAGGGAGGCAUUAAUGAUUUCCCAUCUGUACAAGCAGCCUCUUUGGGAUCUUCCCUUCAAUUAGAACAAAUUCAAAAUCCUAUAUUUUCACAGAAUGUAGUACAACUCAGCAGUAGGGGGACUUCAGGUGUUACUUUAGGAAGAAUUUCUGCAAAUGGAGAACAAGUUCAGGGGGAGGGUUUUGUCAAAAUAAAGGAGACUGAAAAAGCAUCAGAUAUGAAGAAUUUGAUGCAACCCUUGCCAGAGUCAUCACCCAAAAAUUCUUGUCCCCCUAGCACGAUGGAGAGUGGUCAAAAGACAGACCAGACUCGUGGUUCUCCUGUAUCAGAUGAAAAGAGUAAAUUGCAGUUUGGAAAACCAGCUUCUACAGUUGCUGAAAAGCUCUGGGAUGGGUCUGUUCAACUGAGUUCUACCGUGGUCGUGUCUGCAGUUGCUUUCUUUAAAAGUGGUGAGAAGUUGCUUGAUAUCAACUGGUCUGAAUCUGUAGAAGUUAAAGGCAAAGUAAGAUUAGAUGCUUUCGAAAAAUAUAUUCAAGAUCUUCCUCGCUCACGCAAUAGGGGAUUGAUGGUAAUCUCGCUCUGCUGGAAGGAAGGAUCUUCUGAAACUGGUCUCGCUGGCAUGAAAGAGAUUGCCAAAGGAUACAAGAAAGCGGAGAAAGUAGGCCGAGCACCGAUCUCACCGGGUAUCGAUCUUUACAUCUGUCCUCGCAGCGAUGCCAUAAUCACAAUCCUUGCUAAAUAUGGUUUCUUCAAGGGCAUGGCAGCUGUUGAAGACAAACCAGACUCAAUGAUCGGUUGUGUGGUCUGGCGGAAAAACCAAACCUCUUCGAAUUCAGUUGAUAAGAAGCCGGAGAGUCAGAGCAAUCCUCUGUCAGAGAAGCCUCUGAACUCCCCUUCUGUAUCUCCAUUGCCACAGGCAGCAGAAACGGGAAAAAAGUUGCCUGUUAUGCAACCAGCUCUAGAGAGUGCAGAAAGAAGUGUUUCUGAAAGCAAAAAGCAGACUGAAACCAAUAAUUCUGUGGCAGUUCCAGAGCAACCUAAAACAAGUUUGGAGCUUCAAAAACCUGUCAUACCUUUCUCAUUGGGUAAACUAAAAGAAGCCACGACUUUUGUAGAUGACGAUGAUCUUCCUGAAUUUGACUUCAGAACUGCAUGCGGGAUUUCCCAAACCAACAUGACGAAGCCUCCAGUGUCUGUUUUGUUGGACAAGAGACUUCCUGCCGAAGGUAUUAGGAAUACAGAUAGGUCGGUGUUGCCAGGAACGCCUAAUUUACCGGCUAUACCAAUUUCCGGACAAAGAUCGGAUCGUUCAAAGCUUCCCUCAACUGCCAAUGAAGGAAAGCGAUCAUUGAAGUUAAUAGGUGACCACGGACCCCAGAUACCGGUUUUGCCCAAUAUGGGGGAAAUUUCUAGUGUCCAAAACAAAGUUACAACUACUCCUGGUAGUACUACCGUAUUUCCCCAUCCUAAGAAUAUUUUUGAUGAUGAUGAUGACAUGCCCGAAUGGUGCCCCCCAGAGAGAUCUUUGGCAGAAACAACCAGUCGACCAACUACUUUUCCAUCUGAGCUUCGAAACCCAUCAUUUCAAAAUUUAGUUCGAGGCCCUCCACGGCCUGUACCCUUUUCUCCACCCCAAAGUGCUAUUCGUCCUCCAUUUUUAUCCCAAGGUUUCCCUCCUGAGGCACCACAACCUAGGCCUCUCAAAAGGGGCCAGAAUUCUUCAAUGGGACCCGACUCUGACUCGAUUUUGGGGCCAGCACCCAGCUUUGACACCAAAGUUCCAUUCUAUCCGGCUGAGAAAAGAGGAAGGAGGCGUCGUUAGUUGAGACCACAAAGAAUUUGUUAACCAAAAGGACCAAAAGCUUCCAACUCUGUGGCAUAUGUGAAAUACCUGACAUAUGAUGAUUCUGCUUCCCGGUGACUUUUUAGAAUCGCGCUCAACCAAUGUUCAACUUGCACAUAUCUGGGCUUAAUUGCAGUUUCAAUAUGCUUUGGCAGUCUAUAAGCGCUCUAAAUCUUGUGUAUUGGUUGGUGAUGUACUGAUGCUGCCAUUUACUGUUGUAGGUUAACUUUCCAAAGUACCUAAUUUUUUUUUUUUACCUGUUGUAUGUUAAACUAGUGCUUUAGUCAUCUUUGAAACUUUUUAUGUAUAAAGUGCCUGCUGCUGUCACCAGGCAAUGGAAUUUCUGCAACAUGAAACAAUUGUGGAGAUAUAGUUUGGUAGAUACAUGAGAGGCUAAAGUGUUCCAAUAUAUCGUUCUCUUCGUUUUC